UCCUAAUCCCUCAGCCUUGGCUGCAACACGGCCUUAGGCUAAACUGACAUGUAGGCUUUGGACAUAUGAAAAUGCUAUCUGGACUUUAGCUAUAUUUGAUCUUUGUUUUGUUUCUUUUUCGUCAUUUUUAUUUUAAGGGAAUGCCCACUCUGGUCCAGCAUGCAGAUCUGUGAAAAACAACAAAGCUAAAAGUGCUCCAACUCAACCUUUUGAGGCCUUAAAUCUGAGACCUGGAUUCCCUGAGAAGACUGAAGCCACAGCGUAUACCUGAAAGUUUCAGGAAGACGGAGGAAACACUGAAAGCUAACCCACGGCUCCUCCAGAGGAUUAUGUCAUUAUAGCUGACAACUUGAGCUUCCUUCGAGUACGACGGCGACAAGGAGAAGUCAGUCCUGCUCCGCUCACACCCGGCAGGAACCAUGGAUGACCCCUAUCAGAACAACGUGAACCAACAGGUGACGGAGGGUGGGGAGUACACCUACACCCAGGAUGGAGGGGGUCAGGACGGCUACCCCUACCAGUCGGACUACCCUCCCCAGGAGGAGGAUGCUGCCAGCGACGCCACGGAGGGCGCCGAUGACGACGAGCAGAUGUACGAGGGGGAGUACCAGGGCGUCCCUCAUCCGGAUGAGAUCAAGGAGGCGAGGCGGGCGGCUCGGAUGGAGGCCCGGAGGAAAGCCCGCAUGGCCAAAGAGCAGGAGGAGGAGGAGGAGAACCUGCCGGAGCAGUACGAGGCCAUCAUGGAGGAAUGUGGCCAUGGACGCUUCCAGUGGAUGUUGUUCUUCGUGCUCGGUCUGGCACUGAUGGCGGAUGGCGUGGACGGCUUCGUGGUGGGCUUCGUCAUGCCCAGCGCUGAGAAGGACAUGUGCAUAUCCAACUCUGACAAGGGGCUGCUGGGUCUGCUGGUGUAUGUGGCCAUGAUGGUGGGGGCGUUGGUGUGGGGGGGUCUGUGCGAUAAGAUGGGGAGGAGGAAGUGUCUGAUCUACGUCCUGACCAUCGACCUGGUCUUCUCCUUCCUGUCCUGCUUCGCUCAGGGUUACGGAUUCUUCCUCUUCUUCAGGUUCUGCUCCGGCUUCGGGAUCGGCGGCUCCAUCCCGAUCGUGUACACCUACUUCACUGAGUUCCUGCAGAUGGACAAACGAGGGGAACAUCUGAGCUGGCUCUGCAUGUUCUGGAUGCUGGGAGGCCUGUACGCCUCCUUCACCGCCUGGGGCAUCAUCCCUCACUACGGUUGGGGCUUCGCCAUCGGCACAGAGUUCCAGAUCCACAGCUGGAGGAUAUUCGUCUUCGUGUGUCUCUUCCCGGCGCUGGCUGCACUCAUCGGAGUCGUCUUCAUGCCGGAGAGCCCUCGCUUCCUGCUGGAGAAUGCACGACAUGACGAGGCGUGGAUGGUGCUGAGAAACGUUCAUGACACCAACUGGAAGGCCAAAGGAGAGCCAGAGAGGGUUUUCACCGUGACCAACAUUAAGACUCCACAAACCCAGGAGGACGAGUUCAUAGAGAUCCAGAGCGACACUGGAACCGCCUUCCAGCGCUGGACGGUCAGACACAUGACCAUGCUGCAGCAGGUGAUGGCUAACAUCAUGUCAUUGUCAGCUCCAGAGCUCAGACUGCAAGGCCUCUUCCUGAUUAUCAUCUGGUUCUGCAUGGCGUUCAGCUACCACGGCCUGGGAGUUUGGUUCCCUGAUAUGAUCAAAUACAUGCAGUACGAGGAGUACGAGUCCAAGGUCCGAGUGUUUCACCGAGAGCGGGUCGAGCGUUUCCACUUCAACUUCUCUCUGGUCAACCAGGUCCACCGCGAGGGCGAGUACAUCCAUGACAAGUUUGCAAACAUCGAGAUUAAGUCGGUGAAGUUUGAGGAUUCUCUUUUUGAAAACUGCUACUUUGAGGACGUCAAGUCAACAAACACCUUCUUUGAGAACUGCACCAUCAAAAACACCGUCUUCUACAACACAGACCUCUGGCAGGAGAAGUUCAAAGACUGUCGAAUGGAGAACACCACCUUCCUCCACCCAAAGAAAGGCUGCCAUAUGAACUUCCAGGAAGAGAACGACAUCAUUAUCUACAUGGUCAGCUUCCUGGGCAGUUUGGCUGUGUUGCCUGGCAACAUCAUCUCAGCGUUGUUCAUGGACAAGAUCGGACGAAUCAGAAUUAUAGGUGGCUCCAUGUUGGUGUCCGCGGCCUGUACUUUCCUGUUGCUGCUGAGUUUCAGCCAAGGAGCUGUAAUAUGCUGGCAGUGUCUCUUCUAUGGUGCCAGCGUGGCGGCCUGGAAUGGAUUAGAGGUCAUUUCUGUUGAACUCUAUCCCUCUGCUAAAAGAGGGACGGCCUUCGGUAUCCUAAAUGGAAUCUGCAAGUUUGCAGCCAUCCUCGCCAGCUUCAUCUUUGCAGCCUUCAUCGGCGUCACCAAGAUCGUUCCCAUCUUCCUGGCCUUUGCCGCCCUCGUCUGCGGCGGUCUGGUGGCUCUCAAGCUGCCUGAAACCCGGGAGAAACUCCUCUCUUGAAAAGCCAAACUCCUGCAACCCUCCAGGCCCCCCAAACGCAAGCACAGCUCUGAGAAAAAUCUAACCCCGGGGAAAGUGUCAGCUAGAACUGAAAUGGAAAGACGAGUGAAGAAGGCCGUGCUGUGCUCGCUGUGUGUAUGAGUCCGCCAUGGUUACAUGAUUUUAAAAAAUGUUGAACACCCGUCUGGUUGCCUAUGUGAACCUGUGGUUGCUUUCUAUUCCCUCUGUAAGCUCCUCAGGCUGCCCAGCGUUCCUGUCACAUGAUAUGAAACCUGUGUUUGUUAAUUCCUUUGCCCAUCCUUCUGUCUCACACACACACACACACACACACACACACACACACACACACACAGUAGAAACGUUUGUUUUGUUUGAGGUAUAUGUAAAAAGAAAGAUUAUUAUGAGAUGAAACCGUGUCUGUAUUUGAAGGUGUUGUAGUUCAUUUGACCAUGUUGUGCUUUGAGUUCAUUCCCUGUUGGAAAAUAAAGCAAAGAGAGAGAGGGAGAGAGAGAGAGAGAGAGAGAGGACUUUAUAGUGAUGACCUCAUGUGUUCACUGCCAAGGCUCCGCAGCGAUAUACCUGCUGGAUUUAUGUUAUUCAGAGAAACACCUCUUUCCGUUUCAUCCCCUCUUUAUUCACUCUGCACCGUCCUGUGUUUUAUGUAGAGAGUCGAUUUUAGUUCUCAUGUUUGUUUGUUUUUCUUACUGACUCCUUCGCUGUUCAAUUCUGAUCAAACCCCGAACAGCCCACCGGACUCUCCUCCCGUUUGUCUUUUAUUCUUUGUCAUCAUCUGAGACGUCAUGUCUGUUCUUAAAGGAAGAAUGUGCGACUUUUUGAUCCAGUAGAUGUCGCCCUUGAGCACCAGCAUGAAA